CCUCUUCUCUUUUAGGAAAGGUCAAAACAAAUGAUAGAAAAAAAACCCGAAUAGGGACGUUCCGAGAAUCGAACUCGGGACCUCCCGCACCCAAAGCGAGAAUCAUACCUCUAGGCCAGAAUGUUGCCCCAAAACCAACCAACCCUCUUCACUUUUAGGAAAGGUCAAAACAAUUGAUCGAAAAAAACCCAAGUAGGGGCGUUCCGAGAAUCGAACUCGGGACCUCUCGCACCCAAAGCGAGAAUCAUACCACUAGACCAAACGCCCAGAUGAGUAUUUGUUUAGCUUUUCCUAUUAGGAUCUAUAGUUUAUCACUUGUUCUGAUAAGAAACAAUAAAAUAAGUGCAUGGUGCUGGCUUGAGGGACUAUAAUUAUUAAGGUACUAAAUUUUGUAAAUUCAGCAAAUUUAGUGCACAUGCACGCACGUGAUUUUCCCCGUAGUCUUGGAUUUGGAUCUUUUGGUCCACCAAAUGUAAUAUAACCCAUCAGGUACCUGAACUAAUGAAUAAUAUUGUUUUGUUAAUUCCCAUCUUCUUCCAACCCUCGUGUUUCCAAGCUUAUAAAUUAUCCGUGGAUGGAAGAUAUAUAACAAAACAAAAACAAAAAUCUUGCAACCGUGGUGGAUCUAAGUGAAAGACUAAGGAGAGGUUAUAGUCUUAUAUACUGUACAAUCAAUGCAAUUAAAAUCGUGUUUUAAAAUUAAAAAACUUACGGUUUUACACUUCUAGGUUACCAAAACGAUUUAUGCUUUUACGUUUUUAGUUCACUUAAUGGGUAUACUUUUCUUGAAAUUAAUUAUAAAAAUUAUAUUUUUAAGUUAAAUCACCAACAAUAUGAUUCAUUUAAGAUAAAAAGAUAUAUCAGGUACUUGGAUGCAUUCUCAGCUUCAAUAGAGUAAUCUAAUUCACCGGCUAGGCUCUUCCCAAAUUCAUUAGCAUAGAGGGGAAUGUGGCUUUUUGUUAAGAUUUAUGUUGAUGAACUUAUUGUUAAGAUGUUAUAAGUUGCUCUACUUAAUGCUUGAAUUGCAAGUACUUAUUAACUUAUCUAAAUUAUGUGCACACACAUUUUACAUAAUAUACGCCGUACUUAAUAGAUUUUUAGUCAUAUUACAGUAUGCGUAAAAAAAUUACGCUUUAAUUCUACGCUUUACGAUUUUACCCUUUUUCCGCUUCUAGGUAGAAUCGCCCUUUUGACCGCAUUGGGUCCAAUAUUGUAAUUAAUAUGUGAAUUCAUAAUAUCGAAAAGUAUUAGAUUAGAACUAUAGACCCUUCUCUUUUAAGAUCUAGCCUUAGUAGUUUCUUAUUUCCAGCCCCUCACAUAUAUUUAUUUUUUUAAUCUGCCCCUCGUCUUUCCAAUUAUUUAAGUUCGUUGAUGGCUGAUUUUACUCCCCAUAAGAUAACGUAAAUCAAGGGAAUUGGAAAAACCCAAAAGUUGCAUUAACUUUUGCGUCAAAUCAUCUUUGGAAGUAUGUGGAAUCCACCUUCUCAAUCCCAACAUUUUCUGAAUUCCCUGAUAACCAAAACCAUUUUGUUAAUUACUACUGCAACAUAGUUAGUUGGAUGAAGCUUCGUGUGUUUAUGUGAAUUGGUCGAGUUGGGCUUUGACCCAACCUUUCAAAAUUGGUGAACCAACGGCUAUGGGCCUGACUGACUCUGAUUAUUGAAACUUAACCAGGCUUAAUUCUCGCUUCGACGCGGUUGAAAGAGAGACCCAGAGACGACGUGGGCUUUUUUUUAUGGGCUGGCCAGUGGCUAAAGCUGAAUGGACUGAUCCUUCAGAAAUCAGAAUGAUCAGGCUGCCUUGGGCUAAGUCCAUCAAGUUGGAGAUGAGAUGCUUCUAUUGUUUAGGCGGCGGGGCCGUGGCUGAGGGCCUAGCCCAGAAAAUGUUGUUUUUCAUUUACCCAAUCCUCCAAAAUCAAACCAUGCACAACGGCAGCGGUAAGUGAUAUAAGGUUCAUUAUUGAGCUUCUCUUUAUAAGUUUGAGUUAUUGGGAUUAAUACGAUUCUUGACAUGAUAUUAGAUCCAAACGAGAGAUCUUCUUCAAUCGAACUCUUGCAACCCCAUUUAUUAAGCCGAUUGAAUUUCGGACAUGUACAAACUUCAAACCCCCAUAUAUGAAUGUCUGUUUUAGUUGAGGGAGUUCAAUCCAUUAAAUAUCCCUUUUUUACACGGAGUUCUGUUCUCUAAGGUUGUUCCCAAAUCAAAUCGAAUCUACAAUUUGGAGAGGCACCGUAUGCCUAUUUUUCCUUUUACAUAUUUGUUUUUGUGUGGUUGAAUCAAUGAUUGUGAAACCGUACCGAAUACUGUAUUGAGAAAGUUAAUAGUGUGGUAUUUUGUACGUACUAGAUAAGUGAUUCAACCGAUUUGUAGCGAUAAAAUCGCUCAUCUUUUGAGAUCUGAUAUAUGAUAUUUUCGAUCAUAAUAACGGGUAAAAAAGAAACAAACGAGUCAAAAAGAAAGUCGGCAACAGCUACAAGGUGACAGGCUGGCUUAAGGAUGAAGAACAAGAAGAAGAAAUGGAAGGAAUGAAUGUUGACCAGACUACACCAUCUGAGUCUGAGGCUCUGAUUGAGGCCAAGGAAAUAUAUAAACAAGAAGAAGAAGGGGAAAUUACUAAAUAAAUGAAAUAAUAAUAAUAAUAAUAAUAAUAAUAAUAAUAAUAAUAAUAAUAAUAAUAAUAAUAAUAAUAAUAAUAAUAAUCAAGCAACUGCCGCGGCAAAGCGUGCAAUGAGGGCUUGACUUUGCCCCCUUCGCUGCCUUCAUCAAUCAUAUUAUCCCAAUGGAUUUUUCCAGUAAAUUCAAUCAGACGGCAUAUCCGUUAUCUCUCUCUCUCACUUCCACAUGUUAGGAAUGAUAAAUGGAACGGCGAGGUGGAUAUUUCAAUGUUUUUAAGUAUAGAAUUUGUAUAAGGGUUUUAAUAUAUGUCGUAUGAUACGAUCGAGAAAUGUUUUUUGUUCGAAUUAUCUGAAUAUAAAGCUAACAAUUUGUUUAGAAUAAUAAAAAAACGGUAUUUGUGAAUUCGAAGUCCGGAUAAAUUGGCUUUCAUUUGAUAGGCGGAUAGAGAAUAAAUGUAUACAGCUUAGUUUUGAAGUCUCUCCCAACAACAAAUAUGACUAUCGAGACCGACCAGUUAUAUAUUCAUAUUCAACAGAGAAAUUCGAGUUGGUUGGUUAUUUGAAGUCUCUUUCGAUUAACUCUGAUUUUGAUUGUUUGGAAUCUCCGAUUUUACUGUGUGUCUUCAUCCGCGCCGUAUACGGUGGUGGAGGUAAAUUAAAACGAGGAGAGGUUGUAGCCCUCAAUUUUGUUUCCGCCUUCCUUUGUUAAGUUGAUUAAUGGCAUUGGAUGGAGCACAUGAUAUAAAUCAUCAUUUCUUUCAUAUACAAACUUCCGUCGUGCUGGUUUUUAUGUUGGAAGUCAAUGUGUAAAAAGAUAUUUAUAUAAUUAUAAAGUCAAACCUGUAUACAUAUGGAUUGAGAAGUAUAUAUAGGUGUUUUUUCAAACGGCCUAACUAUAAUUCAAUCCGGUAAAAGAAAAAUGUUACAAAACACGGCUAGAACAUAAUAAGCUCAUACACCGUGGAUCAACGUCGUUGCUCUUAAUUGAGCCCCCUAAACCAACCACUUUGCCCUUGGAUCCCGACUAACGGGCCAGGCAUCAAAAUCUCGUGACUUCCAAUCAACCACAAAUAAUCCG